AUGGUUGCUUUCACACUUACCUCUCUCCUUCUCGGCGCUGGUGCGCUCGUCUCGGCUGCUCCUUCUAGUCUUGACACCCGUGCAAGCUGCACCUUCUCCGAUGCUGCUACAGCCAUCAAGAACAAGGCUUCCUGCUCUGCUAUUGUCAUUCAGGGUAUGACUGUUCCAGCAGGAACGACCCUUGACUUGACAAAGCUCAAGUCAGGCACCACCGUCACCUUCCAGGGCACCACCACCUUCGGCUACAAGGAGUGGGAGGGCCCUCUCAUCUCUGUUUCGGGAACCAACAUCAAAGUCAUUGGCGCCGCUGGCCAUGUCAUUGACGCAAAUGGUGCUAAGUGGUGGGAUGGCAAGGGAAGCAACGGCGGCAAGACGAAGCCCAAGUUCUUCUACGCCCAUUCCAUGAUCUCAUCUUCUAUCACUGGACUCAACGUCAAGAACACCCCUGUGCAGGGAUUCUCCAUCAACGGCGCGCAGGACCUCACCCUCGAUAAGAUCACCAUCGACAACACUGCUGGUGACAUCACCAACGGCGGUCACAACACCGAUGCUUUCGACGUUGGCAGCUCCACCGGUGUGUACAUCACCAACGCCAACAUCAAGAACCAGGACGACUGCCUGGCUGUCAACUCCGGUACGGACAUCCACUUCACCGGCGGUACCUGCUCUGGCGGACACGGUAUCUCCAUCGGCUCUGUAGGUGGCCGCAGCGACAACACUGUCAAGAACGUCAUCAUCUCCGACUCCACCAUCACCAACUCUGACAACGGUGUCCGUAUCAAGACUGUGUCUGGUGCCACCGGUGCUGUCUCUGGUGUUACAUACAAGAACAUCACCCUCAAGAACAUUGCGAAGUACGGCAUCGUUAUCCAGCAAGACUACCAGAACGGCUCUCCCACUGGCAAGCCCACCACCGGUGUCCCGAUCACUGGCCUUACCAUCCAGAAUGUCAAGGGUACCGUUGCUGCCAAGGGUACUGACGUCUACAUUCUUUGCGGUAAGGGCAGCUGCUCCAACUGGACCUGGACCGGUAACAGCGUCACUGGCGGAAAGAAGAGCACUAGCUGCCUCAACAUCCCUACCGGCGCUUCUUGCUAA